GUUAUCGCUGCGAAGUCUCCCACCUCCGUACGCGAAACCUCCCAAGCGGUCCAGUUAGGGUUUCUUCUCGUAAAAAAAAAAAAAAAACUCUCGACAAAGGAGUUAGCUUUCCUCUAGGGUUACGGUUUUCUGCCCUUUGUGACUAAGAUCAAGAGGAAAUGGUAGGCCAUGGCCACGCGAUUCCCCUGGAGGUGGUGGGGACGAUGAUCGAGAUGGCUGACGUGGCCUGGAACGCUCUCGAGCACCGCCGCGAGAGGAAGGAGAUCGCCGUAGAGGAGGAGGAGGUCCUCCACCUGAAGUCGGAGAACGAGCGGUUGAAAGAGGUUUUGGCCGAGAAUCUCGCGGUCCUUGAGAAGAUCUCGCAGAUUUCCUCUCUUUCUAAAGACUGCCCUUCCGAUCUAUAUGCACGCCUUGAGGCUGCAGUUGAUUCUUCAAGCUUCUUGACAAAAAUUGAAUCACUUCAUCAGGAGUCCAAUGCUAUACCAAACAGUUAUCUUCCUACUGAAGUUACAGAUCUCAAAGAAGUUGACCUUUCUGAUAAUGUCAAUGGGGACCCUUCUUGGUGGAUUUGGGUAACAAAAGAGGUGGUUCCGGAUAAUUUGGAGGAAGCGUGUGGAAUUGACAAUGAAAAUUAUGUUAUAAUUAGUGAUGAGAAUGUGGUUGAUGGGAUUGCUGAAUUCAUAGCCAAAUGCAUCCAUGAAAACCCAAGAUCUAAGGUGUUAACACCAGAGCAGUUGCAGAGAACUGUGGCAAGGGCUUUAGGUGGCAUUAAAGACAAGAGCAAGUUGAAACAUGUGUGGGAAGCUGGAAAGAUUAUCUAUACCUUAUCUACCUGGGGACUAUUUUUGGCUGGGUUAUAUCAAGGUCGAGCUGUCCUGAAAGCUGCAGCAAUUGGAGUUGGUUCGGCCAGCAAAGUUGUCGCGAGAGCACUCUAAAAGAGCAGCGUCAUUUACGCUAUGUAUCCUAUGUAGUGCUUGUUCUUCGAUUCUGAAUGAAUUUGUGUAUCUCAACUCAUCUCUUGUACAGUUUACUUCAGAAAACUUGGCGUGCUUACCUUGCGAACAGCUUGUCCAUAUCCCGCAAGGAACUGUGAAAUAUUUCCGCUAUGCAUGAAGGAUUGAUUCCAAUUGUGUUCAAUUCCUUUGUGUUUAUAGGAACAAAUGAAAUGCUUGCGCGUAAAUUGGUUCUUGAAUAUUUGGUUUUUUUUGUUGA